AUGUAUUCUCUAGAGGCAACAAAAAGAAAGAUGAUUCUUUUAAAUUUAGGAGCUGAUUACUACUUUGAUUCUACUGCGAAGGGAUUUGGACAAAGUUUGUGCUAUAAACUAGAUUUAGUAUUAUCCUGUUCAAGCUCAUCCAAGAAUCUCGAAAUUGAUGUGUAUUUAAGUAUGUUAAAAGUUAAUGCGAAAUUUAUUAGUUUAGGCUUGCCCGAAGAAUCGUUCACAGUCAAAGCUCAAAGUUUUGUGAAAAACGGAUGUUUCUUAGGAUCCUCGCAUCUUGGAAAUAGACAAGAGAUGAUUGAAAUGUUAAAUCUUGCAGCCGAGAAAAAUAUUCGAACCUGGAAUGAAACUAUUUCAAUUAGUGAAGAAAGAUUAAUGUAG